AUGAAGAGGUUUUGGACCUCUUGCAAAAUAGAUAUGCUCUUUAAUAUUGAGGUGCUACACGACGAAGGAAUCGGGUCUGCAGUCUUCGAUGUCAAAGGUCAGGUGGUAGAUUUUCUCAGUAUGAUGCAAGUGUAUGAAAGGACACCUCCUAAGCAAAUUACGUUAGGGUUCCGUAGUCAAAAAGCAAAAACGGAACUCGUA